AUGCAGUGGAAUCAGAAAGACGGCUAUUGGUGCAUGCCACUAGACCCCGCUGAGAGGGAGUUUGCGUGGGUUGGUGACCUGGGAAAGCCCAUCGGGUGUGAAUUAUGGGUGGUGAUGGUUAGCGCACGAGUUCAAUUCGCGUCUGCCGAUCCAGCUCGGGAUGUGCGCAAUGCCUGGAGAGCCCAACGUUUCAUUCACCCCGGAAUUGCAGUGCAGCUCAUUGAUACCGAAAAAAGAUACGAAACCGUCCGCGACGAGCCAGCAUUGGAAGCAUGGUGUGAUGCGACAUUCCAUGUUGAGUCGGAUGCCCUUUCGUCUGAUGACUUAUUCAAGAACCAUAUACGUGUGGCAGGACCCCAAGUAACAUGUCACUGGAUCCCAGCGGCAAACCAGAUUGCAUUGGUAACCUCUCACUGGCGAUUGGAUGCAUAUGUCUUCUCAAUUCCUUGGGGGGACCCAUCGCUUGACCCUCCCACUUUCACUGGCGAGGAAGUGAAGAACCUCGCAGUCUCUUUUGACGAGGCUCUUGCCUUGCCUGACAGAUGGGAUCCAAGCUGGGAGCAACGCGCCCUUGAUCUUCAAGCUAAGGAAGUUGAGGGUGGACCGGGAAUUGGACUUCAACCAUCCUACCCGAAUGUGCUGCCUGGUGGGACAGACCGAAUAGAGAUUGUUCUGUCUGAAGAAGAAACCACUGCGCUCAGAACAGCGGCACGUCAGCAUGGCUUCACAAUUACUUCAGUACUGCAUGCCUCUAUGAUCGUGGAAACUCUGAUUAGGAACCCGGACUCCCCCGCAACACGGUUUAUGUCGAUUGGUCUCUUCGACAUGCGGAAAUACUGUAAGCCACCAAGAAACGGCCCGGGAGAUGCAGGUACAUUGCGAAUGCAUUUCCAAGCGAUCAAUGUCGACGCCCGUGCCUCGUGGGAUGAGCUCGCACACACUCUCCAGGAACUUUACCACCAAUCCUGGGACUGGAGAAAUGACGAUGCGAUAUUCCUCCGCCGCCCAUUUAUAGAUGCGAGUCAUGCUGUGAGAGUCAAAACCCCGCCGGAUGCACCGCAGCCCGCAGAACCUGUGCUCAACAGUCUCGGUAUUAUCGACUCAAAUCUCAUUCAGCAUCAGUACGGAGCUGUCAAAGUUGAGCAUGUCAGUUACAACAACUCGGUUCUGACCAAACAGACUCCAACUGAGGUGUUCACCUGGGAUGGUAGGAUGCAUAUCAGCGCAAAUUUUAAUGAGGCCUUCUAUACGAGUGAAUUUGUUGAAAAUUUUCUACUUUCGGUGAAAGAAAAUGCUCUUGAGAAUCUGGGUAUUUCCGCUGGUAUGGAAACACUCGACAACGGAAUAUAG